AUGUACCUCAGCCAAAGUUCGGUAUUCUGCUCAGAAGAUGAGACUCGUCUGGUGAAAACCCUGUUUACUGGUUACAACAAGGUGGUCCGUCCCGUGAACCACUUCAGUGAAGCCGUAGUAGUCACAGUGGGACUGCAGCUAAUUCAGCUUAUUAGUGUGGAUGAAGUUAACCAGAUUGUGACCAGUAAUGUCCGUCUCAAACAGCAAUGGUUAGAUGUGAAUCUGAAUUGGAAUCCAGAUGACUACGGAGGCAUCAGAAAGAUCAGAGUCCCUUCAACCGACAUAUGGAAACCUGACCUGGUGCUAUACAACAAUGCUGAUGGUGACUUCGCCAUCAUCCAUGAAACUAAAGUCCUGCUGGAGUACACUGGGAUGAUAACAUGGAACCCUCCAGCCAUCUUUAAGAGUUACUGUGAGAUUAUUGUCCUCCAUUUCCCCUUCGACCUGCAGAACUGUAGCAUGAAACUGGGAACCUGGACAUAUGAUGGACUGCUGGUUGCCAUCCACCCAGACAAUGAUCGGCCAGACCUCAGUAACUUCAUGGAGUCAGGAGAGUGGGUGUUAAAGGACUACAGGAGUUGGAAACAUUGGGUUUACUACACCUGCUGUCCCGACACACCAUACCUGGACAUCACCUACCAUUUCCUGAUGCUGCGACUGCCUCUUUACUUCAUCGUCAACGUCAUCAUUCCCUGUAUGCUGUUUUCUUUUCUCACCGGACUGGUCUUCUACCUGCCUACUGACUCUGGUGAAAAGAUGACUCUCUCCAUCUCUGUCCUGCUGUCUCUGACUGUCUUUCUGCUGGUUAUUGUGGAGCUGAUUCCCUCCACCUCCAGUGCUGUUCCUCUCAUAGGGAAAUACAUGCUCUUCACAAUGGUGUUUGUCAUCGCCUCCAUCAUCAUCACCGUCAUCGUCAUUAACACGCAUCACCGCUCGCCCAGCACACACACCAUGCCAGCGUGGAUCCGCAAGGUCUUCAUUGAAACCAUUCCCAACAUGAUGUUCUUCUCAACAAUGAAGCGCCCCAGUCAGGAGAUCCGACAGAAGAGACUGUUCCCUACUGACAUGGACAUCUCUGACAUCUCAGGUAAUCCCACCCCUACAAGCGUCACCUACCAGUCUCCCAUCGCUAAAAAUCCUGAUGUCCGCAGCGCCAUUGAAGGGGUGAAGUACAUCGCUGAGACCAUGAAAUCAGACGAGGAAUCUAACAAUGCAGCAGAGGAGUGGAAGUUUGUUGCCAUGGUUUUGGACCAUAUCCUGCUCUGUGUGUUCAUGGCCGUGUGCAUCAUCGGGACGCUUGCUGUCUUUGCUGGGAGACUCAUCGAGCUCAACAUGCUGUAG